AUGAUAUUUACCAUUUUCUAUAUGUACGCUACUGUAAUGCAAUGGUGGAGAUUGUCCGCUUUGAGAAACAAGCUAAAUGGAACGUUGAAUUCAAAAAAUGCCCUUCUACUUUGCGACGAAACUGUCGUUUAUGAAUCAAAGAAGAAUAGAAGUUUUGAAAAUUUACUAUUUAGAGUAGAAGAGAGACUAGGAUGUACAGUUGUGCCCAAACAAAGAAUCAAUCUAUCCCAAUGGAUCAUUUUUCCAAAGGAUUCCAAAUACUUCCCCAUAUAUUUUAGAAAGAAGUCAAUUAGAAUAGAAUCCCCAAAUAUAUAUGUUUUAAUUCAAGCGAUGCUUGACGAAUAUAUUAAACAUUCCGCUAGUAUAUUACAGGUUGAGAAUUUUGGAGAACUAGUUGCCUGGAAAGUCUCCGACACAUUUGAAGCCAUUUUGAAGACUGAUAUUGAUAAACUUACAAGACUUGUCCACUGGUUUUCAAAAAAUUCUAUUGAUAUUAAUCACGAAUUGAAACUUUUGAGAAUUGAAACUGUUGAUGUUGAAGGAUUUCCCACAAGAAUUAAAUUCGAUAGAAAAUUUUCUCGAGAAAGUUUGUUAAAAUAUUCAUACGCUCCUGCACAAUGGAAACAAUUUGCUGAUUCUUUGAAAGAUAUCUAUUCGAAGAUAAGAGAUACCAAAAAUCCCAAAAUAACAAUUGAAAACGGCAAAGUUGAUGACGUCAAGAAAGUCCCAGUGAGUGAAGUGAAACCCAUCAAAAAGAAUGGUAAAAAAUUAGAAGAUAAAAAUACAUUAGAAGUGGCAAGCGGUGAUCAUAGAAGGCAUAAAUCCGGAGAGCAUCGUAGAGAAAAGGGUUCAGAAAAACACAAAACUGAAGCUACAAAACCAGAAAAAACAAAAGAUGAAAUAAAAUAUAAAAAAAUUGAAGAUAAACAUAAAUUAAAAGAAGAAGCUAAAAGCGAUGUAGAAAAUGUUCACGAAUUGAAAAAAGAAAAGGAAAUUAAAACAAAGAAAGAUUCUAAAGAUAAAACAAAACCUGAUAAAGACGAAAAAGGCCAAAAAUCUCUAAAGCAUAAGACUGAAGAAAAAUCAUCUAAGUCAAGACGAGAUGAAAGUAAAGAUAGGCGCCAUAAAAAGGACGAUAAAAAAGAAUCCUCGAAACACAAAAAGGAUAUUGAAAAUUCCGGCGAGCCGAGCGAUAAAACUACAAAAAAAAUAUCCAAACGAACUACUAGUUCUGAAAAAAAAUUAGUCAAAACUCCAGCAUUGUGCGAUGAAAGUGAAUUGGAUUCAGCACCGAUUACGAAUGCAGAAGCAUGGAAUACCAAAGAUUCGGAGUCUGUUGAUAAAAGCAAUUCUCUUAAAAACGGACAAGGAUCGAGUAAUGAUAAUUGGUCUAAAAGAAUUAAGCCGCCUAAUAUUUUAAUAUAUGCUGAAAGUUUGAUAGCCAAAGAAAAUGUCAAAUCUGCUUUCAUCAAUAUGUUAAACAAAGAUAAAUAUACCAUUUACGACUUACCAACCGAUCCAAAACAGAUGAUGUGGAAUGAUUCGACGGUAUUGGUUGUAGUAUGCGGGAACGUGCCGCCAAAUUUAACAUUCCAUUUACUUCAGUUUUUGUUAACUGGUGGACAGUUAUUAUGUCUAUGUAGCGACUUUCUUUAUAGCGUAUUGCAUACAUUUACAACUGCAGAGGUUAGAGAACAUGAAUUAGUUAGAUUUAGUUAUGGAAAAUGGAAACAGGUGAAAAUGAUGCAUCAUAUAUUUUGUUAUCAAGCAUCACCCACCAAGAAGCAAUUUUCAAAAGACUCUGAUCAUUCAAAUCAAAGUAGUAACAGCUCGAGUCCAAUUGCACCCAGAACACCAUCUGCUGUUGAAAUUCAACACGGCGGAAAAGACUAUAUAAUACAAGUACAAGUUCUGGGUACAGAAGAAACUUGGCAAACGCCAAGUCUGCUUCUAGCUAGUGUCAAAGGUGGCAGAGGUAGAGCCGUUUUUUCGCAAGUUCAUUUGGAAAUAAAUCCAAAUCAAUUCGAAGACGAUGAAAAUAAGUUCGAGGCCCUAAAAGGCAGUGAUCAGGCUCGAAUGGAAAUUUUGAAAGACAUUUUAGUUAAUCACUUGGAGAUGGAUUGUUCGACGCAAAUGGAGAUUGACUAUACUCCAGGUUAUUUCUUGGGAAGACAUGAUCUGAAACUGAAACUAUUUUCCGAUUGCGACGCAAUAGUAGAUAAGAACUUGAAUUGUACAAGAAUGUCAGCGAAAUUUUGUGGGAAGGAUGAACAAGCUGAACCGGCUUCAGUAAAUUUUAUGCCAAUUUACAUCCAUUCUUGUCCUUCAAAUUUUUCAACUGUACAGUACUUUGAGGCUUUGGCAACUGAACAUAUCGGUAGAUUAGUAAUUUAUUCUGAUGUGAUGGCAUGUUCACAAUUUUUACUGGAUAAAACCCUUUCACAUGGAAUUGUUAUAAUACCAAGGCAGCAAACAACUGGAGUUGGCAGGUCUAAUAAUUUAUGGAUCAGUCCCAUUGGUAGUGCUAUGUUUUCUCUUCAGGUGCAUGUGCCUCUUGAGUCUCCUUUAGGCCAGGCAUUGCCUCUUAUUCAACAUCUUACAAUGGUUGCUGUUGUAUCGGCUAUUAAAUCAAGUAGAGGAUGUCAGGAUUUGGACAUAGGUAUAAAGUGGCCCAAUGACUUAUAUGCAAAUAAAACAAUAAAAAUAGGUGGUUUACUAAUAACGUCUACUAUUACGGAUAAGACGGCGAUAAUAAAUAUUGGUUGUGGAGUAAAUUUGGAUAACGUCAAUCCUACCACUUGUAUAAAUGAAUUAAUUUCAAUAUCGAAUGAAACUAAAGGUACCCAUAUGAAACCGAUUUCAUAUGAAGUGUACUUUGCAUCUGUAUUUAAUGAGUUUGAAAAAGUUUACAAUAUAGUUCAACAAGGAGAUAUGGAUCAUUUCUAUGAUUUAUAUUACAAGUAUUGGUUACAUAAAAACACUGAUGUAACUGUUGCUAUAAAUGAAGGCGAAUCGGAGAAUAUGAAAAUUGUUGGUAUUGACGACUUUGGAUUUUUGAAAGUUAGAUCUGCUGAAGGACAAAUUAGCACCAUACAUCCCGACGGAAAUACCUUUGAUAUGUUAAAAGGCCUUAUUUCUCGUAAAACCUUUUAA